UGAUGGGUGAGAGAUCUCUGGCUGCCUUUAUUGAGACCCCCGACCUUUCCUGCUGUGCUCUGUUGCCUGCCCAGGGGCAGCAGGAGAGGCACAGAGCGCUUUUGCUGGCCCCGGGCACCUGGCCUGGCCCAGCCCAGCCCAAGAAUCUCUGCUAGAAUUCACUGCUGAGAGUCCCAGAAGCGGCUUCCCCGGGGCUUCCCUUCUUCGCUGGCUCGAGCAGAGUGGGGCCCUUUUUCUUAGCAUGCUUUUUUCGGGACACGAACGUCGGUGCCCCCGCGGUACGCUACUCGCUUUGCCGCCCCGCUCGCUGCUCCCCCUAAUGCUCGCAUCGUUGCCGCACGCUGCUGAGCCAAAACCUCCCACACCGACAGCACCGAGCUGCGGCGGCACCAGCCCGAGUGCCCGCUAAGUCUGGCCGGUAUGGGAGCGGCGGCGGGCGGCGCGUUCGGCUCAAUCCGCAGCGGCGGCGGCACCCGAAGCCUGGCGAGCCGGCGGUGGAGCUCGGUGGGGAAUCCAGCCCAGGGUGCCAUCAGCGCCGGUGUAAAGCUGUACCCGAGGCCGAGCUCCCAAAGGCUUUGCCAGCACUCCGGAUGUCUCGGGAACCAGGAGCUUGUUUGUUCCAGGCAGAGAGAUGGCGCCUGUGAGCAGGAGAAGAGUGAAUCCUGCCCCAUUCCUGGAGCUGUGAAUGAGCCCCAGCAUCCCCAGGAGGGACCAGCAGCCGGGCUUCCACACUUUUCUGGGGUGCAAGAAGCCUCUUGGCAUCAGCAGGGGGAUGCCACUUGUGAGCGUGCAGUGAGUGCAGAUGUGGAGAAUGGAUCCUGCACCAGGGAUGGAAGUGUGCGGGAGCCCGUGAGUCCCCAGGGCACAUCAGCAGCCAAUAAAGAAGACAAAAGGAACCUCAGAAGAUUGCUGGGUGAACGGUUCAGGUCCCAUCCCGUGGGCACAGCGGCGCUGCUGAUUCUGCUGCUCCCGGUGCUGGUGCUGGCUUUGGGGGUGGCCUUGGCUGUGCUGGCAGCCCCACAGGUUCCAGUUCCACCUGCGACUCCACAGUGUGUUCUGGGCUGUCCCUCUGGCUGGGUCGGGCACAACGGGGUCUGCUACUACUUCUCAAGGGAUUACGGCACCUGGGAGCAGGCUCAGGAACGGUGCUCCCAGCUCAAUGCCUCCCUGGCCAUUGCCGAGGAUGAGGAGGCCAUGGAUUUGCUCUUCCGCCUCCGCGGGAACGGCGAUUUCUGGCUCGGGCUGCGCAGACGGGGCGAGCGCCUGCAGUGGGAGGACGGCAGCAGCUACAGCUCCCGGGUUCCCGUCCUCGGCAAUUCCCAGUGUGCGUACCUGGCUGACGGGAAAAGAUUCAGGAGUGAGUUCUGCUCCAUUGAGCGGCCGUAUGUCUGCAGCAAGGCCCAAGGUCCCCUGUAACAGGGGCUGCAGAAAGGACCUUCUCCACGCUGGGCAGUGCCAGCUUCACCUCUGAGCCCAGCACAGGGCUGCCCUUCCUCAGCUGCACCCUGUGCCUUGCACUUCCUCUCAGGGUCACCUCAGUGCCUCUUCAUCCCCAGUGCCAGCGCUGGGCUGGGGGUGCAAAGGAAAAGUCACUCCAAUCCAUCCUGCCCCCGAUGCUGCCUGGAGUCAGGGCUUUGCCCUCAUGACACAACAAGCUCCAAUGAGAAAUCCAGAUCUGCCUGUCCUCUUGGAAAUCAUCACGAACUGGCCUGAAUGUGACACUUUAGGACUGUUUUUGGAAGAGGUGGAAGAACCGCUGACAUGUGCUGAGCAGGAAUCCGACUUUUGGCAUCAGGCACCUGAGUGUGGAGAACAGUCUGCUGCCCGUCCGUCUGCCUGUCUGCUGUGAAGAAUCUUAACUGUCCUCCUGUGGGAGGAACCCCAGGCUGGAGCAGGACAAGGAUUUGCCUCUCGGAGGGAGAAGCAGUGUCAUGACGUGACUGUAACCCCAUCCCUCUGUGACACUGUGUGGUGUGGUGGGGGGGGGGAGGGAACUGGGGACAAAGUGAAGCCCAAAACGGAGAGAACAGUGUGGAGAAGGUGCAUUUUUAGGAUUCGGUGUACAUCUCAUUCCCUUGCUCUGAUUUGUUUGAUAAUAAAUUCAAUUCAAUUUAA